AUGGUCAAGAACAAGAAUGAAAUGUGGAAGCUCGACUUGUUAGAGUCGAAGUUCCAGAAUGCAUCCCCUAGAUUCCCCCAUACGAAGAAACUUUUAGUUGCAAAACACAAUACUAAACUAAUGAAGAAAUUGCCAACUACUCCCGAAGAAGCCAACCUACAAAUCAAUAGUUUGAAAUCAGAAAUAUUCCACAUGAAGUAUCAUGCUGCAUCUAAGAAGCUUGAAAAGGAAAUAUCUCGACUUUUAAAACAAAAGAGCACUGACUUGGAAUUCUUUAAGUCUGAAGACAAUGUCCAAUUGUUAAUCACAUCUAAGCUUAUAAAAGGAAUAACUAGUACUAUCCUACUCAGUAAGGACUUAAAAACCAACCCACCAAGUUACAUCAUGACAGAAAUAAGAGACAUAAUCACCGACAGUAACAAUCCAUCUAACCCGUCAUGUUUCUUCAAGACUUUCUGUCAAAACAAUAAGGAGUUGAAUAAUUUCAUAUCAAACCUUUGGAAUAAUAAGGCUGUCAAAUCAUGUUUGAAUGAAAUUGAAUGGAGUUUCAGAAUGGUUAGAGGUAAUCUUACCAAGCAAGAAAGAGAAGCUAGAAAGAGGAUGACUGGUAAUGCAAGUGAACACGAUGGAGAAACCCCUGAACUGGACGAAGAAAGCGACGAGGAGUCAGAUGAAGACCUGGAAGAGGAUCUGGAAGAUAAUGAUGAAGAACAAGAGGAGGACAUAGACUUGGAAAAAGAAUAUGACAAAUUUGCCGUAUAUGAUAAAUUGGUAGGUGAUUCUGAUGACGAAGGUGAAGAAAAGUUCGAAGCUGAUCCAAAUGUAAAUUAUAACGAAGUCACUGAUGAAGAGCCUUCUGAAAGCGAGUCUCAAGAUGAAUCAGAAGACGACUUUUUCGAGCAUUCCGAGGAAGAAAAAGACAACAAGUACAACUUGCCUGAGCUUGCAACCGGGUACUACUCAGGAGGAUCCGACGAUGAAAGUGACGACGACGUUGAUAACGACAAAGUCGUCAAGGAAUUAACUACCCAACGUAAGAAUCGUCGUGGUCAAAGAGCAAGACAAAAGAUUUGGGCCAAGAAAUAUGGUCAAAAUGCUAAACAUGUUAAGUUGCAACAAGAACAAUAUGCUAACGAAAGACAAAAGCGUCAAUUGGAAUACGAAGAAAGAGAAAGAAAGAGACAAUUAAAGAAGCAAUUGGCUGAACAACCAACUGGUGCAAACACUGCACCAUUAGGUGAGCGUAAGGCUGGCACUUCUUCUUCUUCUGCUCCUGCUGAGCCAAAGGCAGUUCAUCCUUCUUGGGAAGCAAAGAAGAAACAAGAAGAAAUGUUAAAGGUUAAAUUCCAAGGUAAGAAGAUUACAUUUGAUUGA